GGUGAUAUGCCCGAUUCGCAGACAGACAGCCUCGACCGUCCCAUGCCGUUGCCUCUCCCUGGAAGCCCUGGCGCAUCAUGGGCGGCCUUCCGGGACAGGUUCAAAAUCCUUUUCAAUGAUGCCGAUCCUCGUGUUUGUACCGCCUUCUGGUUCUUUGGCCUGAUUAACAAUGUCCUCUAUGUCAUCAUCCUCUCAGCCGCCCUCGACCUCGUCGGUUCUGGCUUUCCGAAAGGCGUUGUGCUGCUGGCCGACGUCAUGCCAUCGUUUGCGACAAAGUUGACGGCGCCAUACUUCAUCCACCUAGUACCCUACUCCGUCAGAGUCCUAAUAUUCGUGUUUCUCUCCGUGGUGGGAAUGCUCAUUAUUGCGCUUACGCCUUCGACUACCGAUGGCGCCGCGAUUUCCUCGAAACUGGCUGGUAUAGUCCUGGCAAGUCUUUCGAGCGGCGCUGGAGAGCUCAGCUUUCUUGGGCUGACGCAUUACUACGGACCGUUCAGCCUUGCAGCAUGGGGUAGUGGGACGGGCGCAGCUGGGCUUGUUGGGGCAGGCGCGUAUGCCAUUGCGACCACUUCCUUCGGUCUCAGCGUCAAAACAACACUGUUGGCGUCCGCCUGUUUGCCAGCGAUUAUGCUGAUAAACUUUUUUAUGGUCCUGCCGCUGGAGCCGCUUCGCUAUAUCUCUAAAACUCGGUCGGAAUACCAGCCGAUCGCUUCUGCGGAUGAUAUUGAAGAGGUUUCAGCGUCCCGCCAGGAUGGGACAUCUAACUCAGGUGGACAGGAAAUAUCGUUAAAAGUACAAAAUGGCACUGCGUGGGCUUCGCUUCAAGCCAAGCUACAGCGUGCUCAAGGGCUCUUCUUCCCUUUCAUGCUGCCUCUACUUCUGGUCUACAUUGCAGAAUACACCAUCAACCAGGGCGUUGCACCCACGCUUCUAUUCCCUUUAAAGGAAACCCCUUUCGAACAAUUCCGAGCCUUUUACCCAGCCUAUAAUGCCGUCUAUCAGAUUGGCGUCUUUAUUUCGCGAUCUUCAACGCCUUUUUUCCGCAUUCACAACUUAUACCUCCCGUCCUUCCUGCAGGUUAUCAACCUGACCCUCCUAACCCUACAUGCCGUGUUCAACUUUCUCCCCAACGUGUACUUCAUUUUCCUGGUGAUUUUCUGGGAAGGUCUGCUCGGCGGGCUUGUCUAUGUUAACACCUUUGCCGAAAUCGGCGACCGAGUGCCUGUAGAGGACCGCGAGUUCUCUCUGGCUGCGGCUACGGUGAGUGAUUCCGCUGGCAUCUGCGUCGCCGGGUUUCUGGGAAUGGCGAUGGAGGUAUGGCUGUGUCGGUGGCAGGUUUCUCGAGGAAGACCGUACUGCAGGCAAUCAUAG